AAAAUAAAUUAAAUAUUCCGUCAUCGGAAAAGAGUACUCCGCCGCCGUGAAUGGAAGGAGUAGGUGCCAGAUUCGGCCGUUCAUCAACUAGGUACGGCCCGACCACUGUAUUCACUGGUCCGGUUCGGAGAUGGAAGAAGAAAUGGGUUCAUGUCAGCUCCGGCAAAAACAAUCAUCAAUCAACCGCCGUUAACGGCGGUGUUAACGGCAGUAAUGUCUCUCAUCUCGUGUUUUUGAAGUGGACUCCGAUUACUGCCAGCCAAAAUAACAACAACAGUAACAGUAGCGCCGAUAAGGAUGACGAUUCCAAAAUCUCCGAUAAAGACGACGUCGUUCCGAUCGAGGAACCUCCCAAACGUAAAUUCAAGUAUAUUCCGAUCGCUCUGCUUGAAAAUCAAAAGAACGAGACAUCAGACCAGGAUGAGGAGGAAGCUAAACCAAUGGAGGCUGAUGCAAAUACCGGGGAGCCAACAUUUCAAGCUGAUGAUUCAUUUUCCGACAGAAAGAGAAAACUGCAGCCCCGGACCGAAAGGUGGGCGUCUCAAUCUAAACCAGCCUUGUCUACCAAGAAUUGUGAUGAAAAACCUGACAUCAAUGAUGUGGCGAUGGAAGAAAAUCAGGAACCAGAGGAUAAACCUCCAGAAAGACAAGAUUUAAAUGAAAGCACAUUGGACUUGUCUUUGGGAUUCACGGGUCAUGAGGAAAAUGAUGCGGACUCGAAAACCAUUCAGACAGAAGACAGUAAAUUGGACAGAGUGAACUCCCAGUAGCACCGGGUAAUAGUGGCUCUACUGUAAAUGCUGCCCGGAUCAGUCGAGCGUUUUAACUGCAUUAGUCCUUAAUUUACCAUGACCUUAAAGUAACUGUAAUGUAAAACCAUUAUACUAGAAUGCAGACUCACAAAAAAAGGUGUUCCUAUUGACUGAGUUCAUAUUAUUUUUUUACACCGGCAUUGUAUUGAAACACUGAUAUUGGACUUGGUUCAAUGAAAUUUAACAUCGUUUGAUUUCUUAAA